GGUGUACGUAAGCGUGGAGCAGCCAAUCCCGCGUCGUGCCGUUGAACACCCGGCAGAAACAAAAGUGCAAGAGGCAGAAAUUUGUACUAGCUAGUAAAGUCGACAUUUUACUAAGCGCACCAGCUAACUUGUUAAUUAUUGUCCGUUACAGUUCGGGAUACGGCUACAAUGCUUUCUGCAGGAAAUGUUCAGAGUUGCCUCAGGAAAUUGGAAGCACUGCUGCGAGUGAUUAAGUACCCAUCAGAUGUUGAUUACAGUGGGCUUUCCAAAGGAGACCCCUCCUCUUUUCUGCCCAUAGUGAGCUUCACCCUCACCACGUUCUCUCCACCUUUUGCUGAGCAGCUCGUGGCAGCUGGACUGGAACUGUCUGGCAAAACCGACCUCAGAUUCACUGACACGCUUUAUAAGGUUCUUAGAGAUAUCUUCCACUAUAAGCCCAUACUGACCAAGGAGCAGUUCCUCCAGUGGGGGUUUUCUCAGAGGAAAAUCUCUUUCAUCUGUGACAUCAUUAAUCUGGUUCUGCAGAGACACAAGCAGCUCCACAAGCCCAAAGUGAGGUAUCCUACUAAACACAAUAUCAGAAAGAAAAGUCAUCUGACACUCACUGAUGCAGAUGCUGCGUCCAAAAAUCCCUUUGUGGAAGAUCACAGAAGAAAUCCUUUCUAUUUCGCUUAUCCAGCCAAAAGAGACACUUUUUCUGCUGAUAAUGAAGGCUCUGCUUAUCGCUCUGAAAUAUCCCCCUCUGGUUCAUCUGAAAUCCCAGCUCCAGAUGAAGAGGAGUCAAAGGAGAGCUUUUUAAAUUCAUCGAAGGUAGAGGGAAGACUCUCGGCCCUGGAGAAUAAUAUCGACACUCUUAUGUCUGCGUUCAACAAGUUGAAUAUUCUGGAAAAACGACUUGAGGAACUUGAGCUCAAAAAUGAAAAUAAGAAUGAUGAGGACGUUGUUAUGGUACCCAAAGAAAGUUGGGAAAACCUGAUGAGCAGAGUGGUGUUACUGGAAGCUAAACUGGAGCUAAGGGAUACUCAGCUUAAUGCUUCAUCGCCAGCAGAGCCACUCACCUCCUCCCUUUCAGCUGUCGAUUCCUCACAGAAGGAUCUAAAGGAAAGUCUGCAGAGGAUUGCUAACAUGAUGAAGGAAACUUCUAGUCUGCUGAAGAACAAGGAGUCCUGCAGCAUCCUGCAUCUAAAUUCUGACAGCGGAGUCACGUCUUAGCUCUUAAUGUUAUAAUAAAUGGACACUUUUCUGUCUUUAAGUUUAUUGAUUAUAUAUAAAUGUAUCCCCAAUGAUCACUUUUAUCAAUGCAUUAAAUUUACUACCAUAUAACCUUUUGACAUUAAAUGGUUGUGAAUGUAAUUUC